ACCUCAUCAAUAUUCGGAGGGGAAUUUACCCGAUUUCCUCUGACCCGUCACAAUGCUCCGCUUAUUCUCCCGCCAGAAAAACCAAGUUCUCUCACUCUCCGCCACGCGCCACCUCUUUUCUACCACCACCGCCGCCGCUUCUUCAAAUCUCUAUUCAAAAUAUUCCUUCGUACCCCCGCCGUCCCUUAAACCCCAAAGCCCUAGUUCCACUCAGUCACCACCCAAGAAGCAGCCCAAACCCCGGUACCGUCCGCCGUCGUCACUGGACCGGACUGGUGAGAAACCGCUUCAAUCCAAAUUGCCCUUCGACUUCCGCUUCAGUUACACUGAGAGCAGUACGGAUGUGCGGCCCAUUGGGCUUCGCGAGCCCAAGUACUCACCUUUUGGGCCUGGGAAGUUGGAUAGAGUGUGGACUGGAGUGUGUGCACCUGUGGUUGACCCAAAAGUGGGGUCACCGGAAGAUGAGAAAACGGUGGAAGAGAAGAGAAGAGUGGCGAGAGAGAGAAUUCAAGGAGAGCCUUUAACGAAUGCGGAGAGGAAAGCUCUUGUGGAAAGGUGCCAGAGGCAUAAAACCAAGCGGCAAGUCAAUUUGGGACGAGAUGGUUUAACACAUAACAUGUUGAAUGAUAUUCAUAAUAACUGGAAACAUUCUGAAGCUGUAAGAAUAAAAUGUAUGGGCGUUCCUACAGUUGAUAUGAAGAAUGUUUGCACUCAGUUGGAGGAUAAGACAUUUGGUAAAAUCAUCCACAGACAUGGUGGUUUACUUGUGCUCUAUAGAGGAAGGAAUUAUCAUCCCAAGAAGAGGCCUGUUAUCCCCUUAAUGCUCUGGAAGCCCCACGAGCCUGUAUAUCCUAGGCUUAUAAAAACUACUAUCGAUGGCUUGAGUAUCGAGGAAACUAAAGAGAUGAGAAAAAGAGGAUUAGCUGUUCCUGCAUUAACAAAACUAGCCAAAAAUGGUUACUAUGGCAGUCUUGUACCGAUGGUACGAGAUGCUUUUCUCACUGAGGAGCUGGUUCGGAUUGAUUGUAAAGGCCUUCAAAAGAGUGAUUACAAGAAAAUAGGCUGCAAACUGAGGGAUUUGGUUCCUUGUAUACUCGUGACAUUUGAUAAAGAGCAGAUUGUGGUAUGGAGGGAUCAAAACUACAAGCCUUCUGAGGAUGGGUUCUUCCUUACAGAAAGAGAACCAUUUGAUCAUUCUGGUAAUGAUUUGGAUGAUCAUGAGGUUGAAAACCUAAACGGAGAAGGAAUUACAGGCAACAGUGAUUAUUAUUCUGGCGACAGUGAUUAGAUCAUUUUUUGAUAAAUAUUUUUGGGCUUCAAGCGGUUAUAGUUAUUGCAAGUCAAGCGGAGGGAAAAAUAACAAUACACAAUACGUCGACCAAAUACAAGAAAACAGUUGCACAGGUUGUGGAAGAAUGAAGAUAGCUGU